ACUUGCCUAGUAAAAUAAAGGUAAAAUAAAUAAAAAUGUGCGUCUUUCAGGUGAUGCUGCUAGCGUGACGUAUAAUCUAGUGGACGGUUCUUCAUAAACAGCUAGUCAACCACCUCGGUAGCUUGCUAGCCAACAUAGCGGAAAGAUUCAAGCUAUUUUACGCUUUCGGUACAUAUUAGCUACUGUGUUUUAGACACCGCUGUCGUAUCUACUUGUUAACCUUACGUUAUUUUUUAUAAGUCAGCUAGAGUAGCUGGCUGGUUAAGUUAGCACUAGCCUAGUCGCUAAUGAUAGCUAGCUAGCUAACAUCCCCGAACAUGAGCUCCCUAAACUACUCCCCUCCUGUUAAAGAAGAGGAGGUCUGCUGGACGGAGAAAGAAGCUCUGGGGCUGAACAUUGUCGUGAAAGAAGAGAAGGAAGAGGAGGAUGUCACAGUAAAACAAGAAGUAGAGGGUGAGGCUGUCACAGUGAAAGAUGAGGAAGACACGUUCAGAGUGAAAGAAGAGGAUGACGAUGUUACUGUGAAAGAAGAGAAAUACGCAUUCAGAGUGAAAGAGGAGAUGGAUGUAACUGUGAAAGAAGAGAAAAAGGAGGAUGAAGUUUUUGAAGUAAAGAAGGAAGGGGAGAUUACUGUCACAUUGAAAGAUGAAGAGGUGGAGAUGGAUCUGAUUAACACCAGAGAGAGACGAGACUACUGUGGAUCCUCUGGGGAGCCUCAACAUCAUGAUGCUGAAGAGGGAGAGAAGAGUCUCUCCAGAUCAGAACACCUCAAGAAACACCAGCAGAGACCCACAGGGAAGAAAUCUCAUUGCUGCUCUGACUGUGGGAAAAGAUUCAACAGUUCAUCAGACCUUAAAAUACAUCAAAGAAUUCACACUGGAGAGAAACCUUACAGCUGUGAUCAAUGUGGGAAUAGUUUUACUCAGCUAGGCAGCCUGAUAGUACACCAGCGGGGACACACAGGAGAGAAACCUUAUAGCUGUGAUCAAUGUGGGAAGAGUUUUACUACAUCUAGCUCUCGAACUACACACCAGAGAACACACACUGGAGAGAAACCUUAUGGCUGUGAUCAAUGUGGGAAGAGUUUUACUCAUCUAAACAGCAUGAUAGUACACCAGCGGGGACACACAGGAGAGAAACCUUUUACCUGUGAUCAAUGUGGGAAGAGUUUUACUACAUCUAACUAUCUAACUAUACACCAGAGAACACACACAGGAGAGAAACCUUUUGGCUGUGAUCACUGUGGGAAGAGUUUUAUUCGGCUACAAUCCCUGAAAUCACACCAGAGAAUACACACUGGAGAGAAACCUUUUGGCUGUGAUCAAUGUGGGAAGAGAUACUACGAUAAAAGAUCUCUGAUUAAACAUCAGAAAAUACAUGAAGGAGUUGUUUCAUGAUAAUGAAAUAAUGUCACAAUAUUGAAUGUUUUAACAUUGUAGUUGCAGUAUUUGAAUGAAUGUUAGAAUGUAGAACCCUAAACGUUUGCCCCCUGUUCAAUUGAUAUUAGCCUCAGGGGAAAAAUCCAGGCUCUGAAUUGAAAGAGUACUUCUGAGAUUUAACAGAAAGUGACUAACAAAAAAUUAGUUGUGUUACUACACUUACCACGUUGGUGACCCACUUGAAUCAAAAUGCAACACUAUAAAAUAUUUAGGUUUUCAAUAUUUCCCAAACGGUUUCUGCAUAUUGGUUGAUUUGGACAUGAUAAAACUGUGAUUUUACAUUGCGCUAUUCCCAUUUAGCAAAAUGUAAUUGAAAAGACAUUGAAAAUAAGACCAUGCCCGACAUCCAAUAUAUGUUCGGUUGAAAGUUGAAAACAUGUAUUUUCGGGUUGUUUUUUCAAUGACUUGAAAACAACUUAAUUUCAACUUACUUGCAGCCUAUUCACACGGACGCAGUAUAAUAAAUUUGUAAUCAUUUUAAUUAACAAUCCUACUUCACUCCAGUAUUUCUUUACAACAUUCAAGUGCUAAUUGUCUUUAUUCCACUACUGAAGAAGCAUGUCUCAAAUCACCUACUCAUAUUUCAAACAUUCAGCCUGACAAAAGAUACAUGUUUUAUUAUUCCAUGCCUCACCAUUAAGUGAAUUAUUGCCAAUACAUAUUAACAAAGGGGUGUACAUUUGGUUUUGAUAUCAUUUUUUAUGUAACCAACUGACAAUUUUGGGGUACAAUUAUAUUGAUGUUGUUGCCCUGCUUUUAGAAUAUCAGGGAUCAUUCAUAGAUGUGCCAACCCAAAUGUACUAGAGCAUGACAUUGGGAACUGGGUGUCGAUCCAACAACAUGCCUAUCUAGUGAACCCUGAAAAGAGAGAGAAGCUCUGCGGUGAGGUGGAAAGUUACUACGGAUAUCGCAGGACAUGUCUGUGGUAAGGACAACUUGGUUUCUGAUUGUCUCAAGGGUUGGCAGUCAAAAAGAUUUUUGUUUUGCAUUUAAUCAGUGUGUUACCAUGGAUCACAAUUUAUUUUGACACGUUUUUCCGUGUUGGAGAUGAGUUAGAUCUCUUAUUCUUUUCCGUAUUGAAACUGCAUUGUUGGUUAGGGGCUCGUAAGUAAGCAUUUCACUGUUGUAUUCGGCGCAUGUGACUAAUACAAUUUGAUUUGAGUUUUGAUUUUCCGUAUUGGAGAUUAGUUUUGUUUUGUGCUUGUUCCAAGGGGAUGAGAG